AUGAGCGAUCUCGUGGUGCAUCGGUCGGACGGUGCCCACGGGGAUCAUCGUCGCCCUCCUCCCGUAUAUCUCUGCUACGACGAACGAUUACUCCGUCACCAUCCGGUACAUUGGCAACCUCCCGCAGUCUAUCCAACACAAGACGACGUACGGAUAAAAGCGUUUCCAGCCGAGUACGUCUACGAAAACCCCGAACGCAUCCGUUGCGUCUACGAACAUUUGCAAAGCGUCUUUCCGCCCGACACCUUUCUGCCGCUCCCGUGCCGUCUAGCCACACGUGCCGAAAUCACCGCCGUCCACGACGAGGCGCACUACGAUCGUCUCGCCGCAACAGCCUGUAUGACUGCGGAAGAACUCGUCGAACAAAGCCAGCUCGACAGUGAUUUGUACUGGAACCAGGAGACCUUUGCUGCCGCACGCUUGGCUUGUGGCGGCCUGUUGAAUUGUGUCGACGCCGUGUGCCGAUUAAACGCGACUCCCAACACCGACGCGACACCACCGGCAAUUCACGCCGUGGCCUUGAUUCGGCCUCCGGGACAUCACGCUUGUCAACAUCGCGAAAUGGGCUUUUGCUUUUUGAAUUCCGUCGCCGUGGCCGCGCGGUACGCGAUUGAGCAAGGCCACGCCACCAAAGUUCUCAUUCUCGAUUGGGACAUACACCACGGUAACGGCACACAAGAUCUCACCUAUAACGACGAACGUAUACUCUUCGUGUCAAUGCACCGCUACACGGGCAGCAACGUCGCCAAGCAUUUCUUUCCCGCCACCGGAAAACCCACCGAGACCGGACGGAACGCCACCAACGUCAACCUGGCCUGGACGCAAGGACACAUGGGUGACGUGGAAUACGCCGCCGCCUUCUCGGAACUCGUGUUGCCCAUCGUUGUCGCCUUCCAACCCGAAUUGGUGUUGAUUUCCUGUGGACUGGAUGCCGCUCGGGGAGAUUUGAUUGGGGACAAUUCCGUGUCACCACUGGGGUUUCGGGCCUUGACGCACAGUGUUGUCCGCGCCGUAGGCACCCACACCACACCCGUGGUAGUUGCCCUGGAAGGCGGCUACAGUAUGGACGCUUUACCCAUUUGUAUGGAACACGUCGUCAGGGGACUAUCGGCCGCCAACGACACCAGUUUAGACUGGGACGUGGAGAAUCUUCCACAGGCAUGGGCGAGUGAUAGCUUGGAGUACGCUCACCAAGCUUUGGCAAUGUACUGGGACUCCAACCGUCGAGUAGCGGCCGACAACCAGCCCGCGAUACAACCUUCGGCAAUCAGUAAUAUCAAUCAAACCGUUACAGCCUUGCAAAAGUGUUCCUCACGCUGGAACGAAUGUGGUUUAACGAAACUCCUAAAGCCACCGGGGCCGUCUGCAGUCUCGACUCGCGCGUCACGGCGUUUGGUAAAGUCCUCUCCCAACACUUUUCUACCAAAUGGGUCGAAUGCCACACCGCAGCCAAAAGCCUCCAAGGUUCUGGCUGUAUCGUUGGCGAAGGAUCCCGUCAAGGAAACAUCGCUCCCCGCUGCCAAAGCGGACGAGAACGUCGACGGUGGGGAUGGUGAUGCGUUGAUUGCGGCUUUGCAGUUGCUGUCCUUGUCCAAUGGCAAGUAG